CAAGUGGACCUCAGCCCAAAUUGUGAUCAUGCAGGACGCUACCUGACGGAGCAAUGUAAAUGCCGAGCACGCGAUCUGAGCUCUCAACAAUGCAUUCAGAUUGAUGCUUACUACGGAUCGUCAUAAGUUUGUUGUUACUGUUCGCCUACGCUGGCCGUAGAUUGUUGCUCUCCUGUUCUCUGCGAAUUCCCGGUACACCAAAGAUGAGCGAUGAUGAUCGUGAUAUUGAUAUUGAGAGUGACGAUGGCGACGAUUCGGAUUCCAGACUGAGACACUCCAACAAUACGCAGUACUAUUCUCAGGCAGAGAAAAGAGCACAUCAUAAUGCUUUGGAGCGGAAGCGACGGGACCACAUCAAAGACAGUUUCUCCAGUCUUAGGGACGUUGUACCAGCUCUACAAGGAGAAAAAGUUGCGAGCAGAGCACAAAUCUUAAAGAAAGCAGCAGAGUACAUUAAUUUCAUGCGACGUAAAACUGGAGCCCAUCAACAAGAUAUCGAUGAUCUCAGGAGGCAGAAUGAUCUUCUCGAGGCUCAAAUUCGUUCAUUAGAAAAAGAAGCCGUGCUCAAUGGAUGGGCUGACAUGUGCGGGGUAAAAGCUGAAUCAGUGGGCACGAGUGGGUACAACGACACUGAAUCAGAGUCCUCCGACAGCGAAGCUGGUCAAGCGAUCCAACAGCCAAAGAAGCUAAAGGUGGCUGGCCCGCAUCAUUGACAACACUUCGUACUUUCCCUUUUCUUAAUAUUUUAUUUUCGUAUGAUGAUCGUCUCUCGAGAUAUUUGUAAGUGAUAUAAAUCGCGUGUGUAUUGUGCGAUCGUGCGUAGGUAGUUAGGUACUUAUUUAAGUAAAUCAUUAGAGAUCAUGUUCUGUAGAAUAUUUGUAAUAUAGCGACACUCCUGACGAGUGAAACGAUGUCCGAGAACGUACGGCGAGCAAAGAUGACAUUAAAAACGUCGGUAUCUUGCACAUUUAUAUUUCUAACUUAAUGUAUAUAAAGUACAUAUUAAGCAAAAAUAUUGAUGCGAAUAAAUUAUAUUCGUUUCGGUGUUUCGGUCUGUCGCAGAUAUGUUCGACUUCGCGCAGAUUGCCAACAGAACAUGGAUAACAAUAAUUGAUAACAAACCGAAUAUGUAGCAAUAUUUUUAUUCCUCUAUCAUAAGUUCAAUAUUGCCUCACAUCUCCGAAUUAAUUAUUAAUUUAAUUCGAUGUUCGAUCUCGGAAAUCGCUUUCAGAAUUUAAUUGCUACAACUGACUGUCUAUUAUCAAAUUAUAAAUUAAUAUUGAUCCAGUAUCAUAAUUUUACUUGAUUGUUAAUGAUUAAUUAUUCCAAACAUGAUACAUGCGCCACGUCGAUAUCUUGAUAUUGUUUAGGACUAUGCAAUAUUUGCUUAAUAAAGUUUCAUUUAUAACGAAUAUUGUAUUAAAAUGUCGAGUAAUCAAAAACGU